ACAAAGUCUAGUGUCGGCAGCCCUAACUCUGAUUCCUGAAUUUUCCAGUAGGGCAGGCAGCCUUUAAUUGCAAUUCCUUGGGCUUUGUUGUGGUGUGACGUUGGUGCUGGGAGAACCAGCCUGGAAUUACUGGAUGCCGAUGGAAGACGCGAUGGACAAAUUCGAUGAUAUGGCUUCUGUGAGCGAAUUCGACCCUAUCCAAGGAAGCAUCCCGGCUACUAAAGUAGAGAUUACCGUGUCCUGCAGGAAUCUUUUGGAUAAAGAUACAUUCUCAAAGUCUGACCCAUUGUGUGUCCUAUACAUACAGGGAAUUGAGACAAUACAGUGGAGAGAGUUUGGAAGAACAGAAGUAAUCGACAACACCUUAAACCCAGACUUUGUACGGAAGUUCAUUCUAGAUUACUUCUUUGAAGAGCGGCAAAAUCUCCGAUUUGAUUUGUAUGAUGUUGAUUCAAAAAGCCCAGACCUAUCAAAACAUGACUUUCUGGGACAGAUGUUCUGCACCCUUGGGGAGAUUGUGGGCUCAUCAGGAAGCAGAUUAGAGAAACCACUAAUGUACACCAGAUUCUGUCAAUCAAAGCAGUCGAGAAGCAGUGGAAUUCCAGGGAAGAAAUGUGGGACAAUCGUACUGUCAGCUGAAGAACUUGGCAAUUGUCGGGAUGUUGCAACAAUGCAAUUCUGUGCCAAUAAACUUGACAAGAAAGAUUUCUUCGGAAAGUCAGAUCCUUUCAUGGUCUUCUACAGAAGCAAUGAAGAUGGGACCUUCACAAUUUGCCAUAAAACAGAAGUGGUGAAAAAUACCCUGAAUCCUGUGUGGCUGCAGUUCUGUAUUCCAGUGCGCGCUCUCUGCAAUGGUGACUAUGAUAGAACGAUCAAGGUGGAGGUGUACGACUGGGAUAGAGAUGGCAGCCAUGACUUCAUUGGAGAAUUUACAACAAGCUAUCGAGAACUUGCCAGAGGACAGAGUCAGUUCAAUGUUUAUGAGGUAAUAAAUCCAAAAAAGAAAAUAAAGAAGAAGAAAUAUGUUAAUUCUGGAACUGUUACGUUGUUAUCUUUCACUGUUGAAUCUGAGCAUACAUUCCUGGAUUAUAUUAAAGGAGGAACACAGAUAAAUUUUACAGUGGCUAUUGAUUUUACAGCUUCUAAUGGAAAUCCAUCUCAGUCCACAUCACUGCACUAUAUGAAUCCGUACCAGAUGAAUGCAUAUGCAAUGGCACUGAAAGCAGUGGGUGAAAUCAUUCAGGACUAUGACAGUGAUAAGAUGUUUCCAGCUUUGGGGUUUGGAGCUAAACUGCCUCCUGAUGGAAGAGUUUCACAUGAGUUUGCCUUGAAUGGCAACCCUGACAACCCAUAUUGUAAUGGUAUUGAAGGAAUUCUUGAAGCGUAUCAUAGAAGCCUCAAGACAGUCCAGCUUUAUGGACCAACGAACUUUGCACCAGUGAUUAAUCAUGUAGCAAGAUACGCAACAGCAGUACAAGAUGGCUCACAGUACUUUGUUCUGCUCAUUAUAACAGAUGGAGUAAUCUCAGACAUGGCACAGACUAAAGAAGCUAUUGUUAAUGCUGCUAAGCUUCCUAUGUCAAUUAUCAUUGUUGGAGUUGGUCAAGCAGAAUUUGAUGCAAUGGUGGAAUUGGAUGGAGAUGACGUCAGAGUAUCUUCAAGAGGGAAACUUGCGGAGAGAGAUAUUGUGCAGUUUGUGCCAUUUCGUGAUUACAUUGACCGCACAGGAAACCAUGUGCUUAGCAUGGCUCGACUGGCUAAGGACGUUCUAGCUGAGAUUCCAGACCAGUUUAUUUCCUACAUGAAAACUCGAAGCAUCAAGCCCAACCCUGCCCCACCACCGUACACACCUACAGGUCUUGGUGUUCACACACAGAUCUGACAGACACCAUUUCUAGGAUACCUAAACCUGCCAGAAGUGGCUUGUGAUGUUUAAUGUGUUGAUUGUUCAUCUGCUGUCGUCAGAUGCCAAGAAAGCAGAACAUCUUGAGAUGUUUCAUGUACUCAAUUGUAAGAUUUGUUCUACAAGUACAAUAUUGUUGAGUGAUUGAGGUUGACCAAAAUAAAGGGACCAAAUCCAUUUUCUUUGAAGAGAGAAUAACAAAGAAAGACUGGAAAACGUUGUGAAGACUUGUGUUGAAGCUUCAGAAGGGAAUGGUUAUCAGUCCACCCAAGGAGUGAAGCCAGAUAACAGAUGUGGAAUAUAGUAAGUAGAAAAUGCAGAACAAAUUGAAGACCUGCAGGUGGUUUACUUAAUGAAUAGCUUGAUGACAUCAGUUUGAACAUUGUCUGUUUUGUCUCUUGAAGUUUACAAAUUGAUUCUUUCUACGAUCUAAAUGGUUUAUAUAAUGCAGAACCUCUUUUAGGCAAUUGUUUCGAAAAUCAAUAGCAAUUUGUCAUGUUUCAUUGUUUGCUGCAUCUACCGGUGGUUUUUUUGUAGGUUUUGUGAUUAGUUUGGAAGUCCCUUUAGGCCAAAUAAGUAAAAUUUUAAUGGGGUUAUAUACUGCUCAAUGUAAAUUAUAUGCCCUGAGCUCCACCAAACCAUGCAAAUAUGGUAGAUGUGAAACUGAAGGUGAUAAUUAUAGAGAAUGAUAUAUUUGAUCUUUGUGUGAAAAGGAACCCUCUCUAUUUGAUAUAAAGGACAGAAUGUUCAACUUCUAUGAGGGAUGUGAAACAGGCAGUAGUGAAUUGGCCACCCAUGAUACAGGAUGUUUGUGCAAACUUAAAUGUUAAUAACUUUGGAUGUAUAUGCCACAGAGGCAAACUGUAAAUGGCAUCGGAAAGAAUAAUUCAUGAAGUAUUAAAGCAAAGCAGUUCGAAUUUCUAGGCUUCAACA